GUGGGAUUAAAGGCAAACUUCCUUCUAGUGUGCACUAUGGAGAGACUGAGAAGAAGAAAUCUCAGGGUAAUGAAGAGGGCAGUGAAGAGGAGGAGGAUGAAGAAGAAAAACAGAUGAUCAUUCAGAUAAUGAACAGCCAGAGGACCAGGUUGAAGAGUGCUUGGAAAACAGUUGGAAUAUUGUGCAAUAUCUGCCUCAGGCAGCCUCAUGUCAGAGUUAUUUUUUUUUGAUGAUCAUUUCAGCUUACAUUGUGGCUGUCUACCAUAGCAUGCGGGAGGAGCUGAGACGAAAUGCUCCUGGUAGUACUCCGAUCAAGCGCAGACAGAAUAGCCAAGUGUCUCAAGAGGCAGUAGGGGAAACUGGGGGCCAUGCCAGGUCUAAUUACCUUUUCACAGGACUAUGUAGCAAAUGAGUUGACACAAAACUUCUUCACAAUCACACAAAAGAUACAGAAAAAAGUAACAGGGACUCGCCAUGUCACUGAGCCCUCUGAAAUGUUCCCUGUCUUGCCCGGAUCUCAUUUGCCCCUGAACAACCCUGCAUUGGAGUUUAUAAAAUGUGUUUGUGAGGUCCUUUCCUUGGAUUCCAAUAUAACCAACCAGGUCAACAAGCUAAAGAGAGAUCUCUUGCGGUUAAUUGACGUAGGGGAGUUCUCUGAGGAUGCACAGUUUAGGGAUCCUUGUCGCUCUUACAUCCUACCUGAGAUAAUUUGCAGGAACUGUAAUUUUUGCCGUGACCUUGACUUGUGCAAAGAUCCUUUACUCAGUCAGGAUGGGUCUGUGCUGCCACAGUGGGUCUGUUCAAACUGCCAGGCGGAGUAUGACUCUGACAACAUUGAGAUGUCGCUGGUGGAGGCUCUGCAGAAAAAGAUGAUGGCUUUCAUGUUGCAGGAUUUGGUGUGUUUGAAAUGUAAGGGCGUGAAAGAAACGAACAUGCCUGUGUACUGCAGCUGUGCUGGUGACUUCAGCCUCACCAUUUCAGUUAAGACUCUCAUGGAACAGGUAGAUGCUUUCCGGAAUAUUGCUCAACAUUACCAAAUGCAGCAUCUUCUGGAGACAAUUAACUGGCUGAUGCAACAAAAUUCA